AUGUUGUCAGCGGAGGACGGGGCCCAGCUGCGGUGCUGUGUGACGGUGGAGCAGCUGGACGGCUCCGGACAGGCCGCCCGGAGGCAGAUCAUCCGGAAAGCCUCCGUCGUUCUGGGCCGCAAUGAGUUCCAGGAGCUGGUCCUCCGGGUGCAGGACGGGGCGGUGGCGCACUCUUACCCCCUGAAGGACUUCCGCCUCUUCACCAAGUUCGCGGGCGACGGGAAGUGCACGGUGAGGCUGCUCCCCGACAACACCCAGCUGCUGAUCUCCAACUGUCCGCCCGACCGGGUCAGGCUCUUCCUGAAGACGCUGAGCAUCAAGCACCAGGCCGGGCUGAGCGGCAAGCCUCUGAGCCACCGGGACAAGCUGCGGGCCGCCCUGCCCCGCAGCUUCGACACCGUCAGCCCCCUGCAGCAGAAGGACCUCCAGCACGUGCACGAGCUGCGGAGCAGGGCGGAGGCGGCCGGACAGCUCAAACGGUCCCGGAGCCACUGCAGCUCCAGCCCGGUGAAGGCCACCCCCAGGAAGAGGAGGCCCGUGUUGUCUCUGCCGGCGCGCAGGCUCACCACAGAGCAGGCUGCAGUCCUCAGCGCCGUGCUGAGCGGCAACAACGUCUUCUUCACUGGAAGUGCAGGUACAGGAAAGUCCUUCCUGCUCAAGAGAAUUAUGGGAUCUCUGCCACCUAAAAGCACUUUUGCGACAGCGAGCACAGGAGUGGCUGCGUGUCACAUCGGAGGAACAACGCUGCACAACUUUGCCGGUAUCGGCUCCGGCUCGGCUCCUCUGGAGCAGUGUAUCGAGCUGGCACAGCGGCCCGGCGUGCUGCGCCACUGGACCUCCUGUCGUCACCUCAUCAUCGAUGAGGUCUCCAUGGUGGACGCUCAGUUCUUUGACAAGCUGGAGUGUGUUGCCAGGUCAGUGAGGAGGUCGACGCAGCCGUUCGGGGGCAUCCAGCUGAUCGUUUGUGGCGACUUCCUUCAGCUGCCUCCUGUUUCUAAAGGAAAAGAAAAGGCCAGAUUCUGCUUCCAGGCCAGGAGUUGGAGAAAAGUCAUCCAAGUCAACAUGGAGCUAACGGAAGUGCGGAGGCAAACGGACCAGAACUUCAUCUCCCUCCUGCAGGCAGUGAGAGUGGGCAGGGUGACGGCGGAGGUCACAGACAAGCUGAAGGAAAGUGCGUCCCAUCAGAUAGAGAGGGACGGGAUUCUGGCCACCAGGCUGUGCACACACAAGGACGACGUGGAGCUCACGAAUGAGAACAAACUCGCGCAGCUUCCAGGGUCGAUGCGGGUCUUUGAGGCUCUGGACAGUGACCCAGACCUGGUGAAGACCCUCGACAGUCACAGCCCAGUCAGCAGACUGAUCCAACUCAAAGUGGGAGCUCAGGUCAUGUUGACAAAAAACCUGGACGUUGGCCGAGGUCUGGUGAACGGAGCGCGGGGAGUUGUUGUAGCUUUUGAGUCUGGAACACACGGUGUACCAACACCACAUUUUAUGUGUGGGGUGGCUCAGGUGCUGAGAUCACAGCGGUUCAUAACUUUUUCACACAACCCACUUCAUAAUAUUCAAAAUAAUCCUUGAAUUAAAUUAAUUUAAUUAAAUUUGUGUUUUGUUUUAAAGGGAAUGACUCUGGACUGUGUGGAGAUCUCUUUGGCCCGAGUGUUUGAGAGCGGUCAGGCCUACGUGGCCUUGUCUCGGGCCCGGAGCCUGGAGGGACUGAGGGUCAUGGACUUUGACCCCUAUGUGGUCCGAGCAAAUCCAGAUGUUCUCCUCUUCUACAAGAAACUCCGGAAGGAGAGGCUGCUCAUGCAGGCUUCCAUGGAUGAUUAUAUCUGCAACAACAAAGAAAAUGCCUGAAGAAUGCUCCUGCAUCUUAUAAAACUG